UGUAAUUGUGGUCCCCCGGGUCUCUUAUUUAAUCCGCUUUUUUUUUUUUUUCACCUUUCCUGUUUUCUUUCUCUUUCCCUCCUUACCACAUAUAUCAUCAUGUCAACACAUAUGGCACCCAACCGCUUAAAUUUGAGUAAUAUCAACUCACUACAAAUUCCGUCUGGACCACCUUCACCUACACUUUCAACCAAUUCGUUCAUGUCGUCCGUUUCAUGGAUGGCAGAAAAGACUUCGAAUGAAUUAAUUCCAAUGCUGAAGAAUGCCUAUAGCGUCAUUAAAGACAAAGAAAAAGACUUGGUACUCGCAGCCGAAUUAGGCAAGUCAUUAUUAGAGCAUAACCUUCGAUUGAAAACGAGUUAUGAUGCAUUACUUCAUUCAUCCACACCACCCAUCACACCAUCUUCAUCUACCGUACCUAUCCAAGAUGACGGAGAUUCAGGUAUCGAUUCAUGCGACGAAGAUACAAUGCGUUUUGUCCCUUCAAGAGGUACACGCGAAGCCAUGAUUGAAGUCCUCGAACGUAAAAACACUGAAUUAACAGCAAAACUAGAAAUCGCCAUGAUGGAACAAGACAAAAUCACCUUGACAAACUCUAAAAAGACCCGUCAACUAGAUAACGAAAUCAAUUUACUCAAGGGUAAUCUCGACAUUGCUACCAGUAAAAUUCAAGAAUUACAAGACAUGAAUCAACGUCAAAAGAAGAUUGAAUUUAAUCAGCCUGUUCAAAACGUGGAAGAUGAGAAACUUGUUGAUGAAUUAUAUACCGAAAUAGACAAAGUUCAAAAAGAAAGAGAACAAGUGACUCAAUCCAAACUUGAAUUAGAAGCCAAGUUAGCAACCACUUUAAAAGAUUUGGGUGAGCUCAAGAAACAGUUUGAGAAAUUCGAAUUUACGCAGAAUGACUUUGGUGAACUUCAGGAAGCUUAUGAACGUCAAUUUGUCCAUAUUGAUGAAUUAAACUCGAGCUUGGAAGAACACCGUAAUAUUCUUCAAAAGCUAAAAGAACGAGGCGUUAGUAUUCAUUCGACUCGUUCCACACCAGCCCCCAGUUGUUACAAUGGUGGUAAUGAUCAGUUCCGAAAGCACACUCUUUUGGGGGAACUCGAAAUGGAAUGGCUUAAAUCCAACAAAACAACACCUGUUACAACAGAUACGCCAUUGUCAGAUAAAUCCGACUUUUUAUCACAACAAACUCCCUUCUUGAGAGACUUUACUGAAAAGUCACUUGCUGCAUUCUAUAAUGCACCGUCGAUCGGUCUCGAAAGCGUCUUAUCCAAGGCAACCGGUAUUGACCAAAACCUACUGGAUGAUGCACUCAACUUUAUCAAUGAAAUAGAGGCACAACAUAACCAAGAAAAAUGUAUGGCUGUUUAUAAUAAUUUCCAAGAUGAGGAGGACUUUGAUAUCUUUCAAGAUCACUAUCCAUCAUCUGAUCUUUACCCCAGUCCAAUUAGUCCCGAGCAAAUGCAAAUCCAACGAUUUGUAAACGAACCUAAUUCAUUUGUAGGUCGUCUUCGGAAUCAAAUACGUAAAUUGUUUACACUUAUCUGGAGAUGGUGUCGAUUUACUAUGGUUUUAACUACGGCUCUUCUUAUUAACGCUUGGCAGGGUCCGGAUGCUUUACUGCUUACAUAUUAACAAUAACAUUCCUUAUAUAUCCCCAAAUCACUAUUAUUAUUAUAACCUUCUUAUAUAUCCAAACUGUAUACUCUCCCUCUUCCCAGCCACCUAUCGUCAUAUAUUAUGCCCCCCUCUGCUCCUCCUCCCCCCAUCACAUUCCUCCUAUAUAAUUCUUUUUUUUUAUAUUGCAUAAAUACGUUUUUAUUAUUAUUAUUAUUAUUAAAAAAAAAGUUGUUAUUAUUAUUAUCCC